CGUAUUGAUCGUAAGAUUGAAUUUCCUCCACCAAAUGAAGAAGCUCGUUUAGAUAUUCUCAAAAUUCAUUCGCGUAAAAUGAACUUGACCCGCGGCAUUAAUUUGCGUAAAAUAGCGGAACUUAUGCCGGGAGCUUCUGGUGCAGAAGUUAAGGGCGUUUGCACAGAAGCUGGUAUGUACGCAUUGCGUGAGCGUCGUGUGCAUGUUACUCAAGAAGAUUUUGAAAUGGCUGUCGCUAAAGUUAUGCAGAAGGAUUCCGAGAAGAACAUGUCCAUUAAGAAAUUAUGGAAGUAAAUUUCAAAACUUUUAUAUAUUUAUACACCGAGUAUCAUAAAAUGAUUAUUGAUUUGUAAUUGAAUUAUCAUUUCUUGGAUCUUCACAAUUAAAAAUUAAAAACUUAGAAUAACAUUAAUGUUUUUUGUGAGAAACGCAUA